UUGCCGGGGCGUUGGGCGCCCGCCCUCGCGUGUCGCGACAGUUGCCGACAGGCGCGAUGGCGGAGCCGCUGCUGCCCGCUGGCUUCCGCUCCGGCUCCACCGCCCUCUGGCCCUGCCUGUUUCCCGCUGCCUCCCGGCCCUGCACCUUUCCCGCCAAGCUGUGGCUGCUGGUGAAUAACCCCCGCGUCCGCUCCGUGCGCUGGGAUGCCCGCGGCGAGGGGCUGUUCAUCGACCAGGCUCUCUUCGAGCGGGAGCUGCUGGGCGGGGGCCCCGGCGCUGCCGGGGAGGCGGAGGUCUUCAAAACCAAGAACUUCGGAAGCAUCAUCCGCCAGCUCAACCUGUACGGGUUCCACAAGCUGACGAUGGGGCCGGCUAGUCCCGCGCUGGGGCACAGGCUGGGGCCGGCCGCGGCGGGGGACAGUCCCGACAGCCCCGAUGGGCCCCGGCACCACUUCUGGAACCCCCACUUUCGUCACAACCGCCCCGACCUCCUGGUGAGGAUCAAGAGACUCACGAAGGCCAAUAAGGAGAAGCUGGACGCUGGCCUGAAAGUGCCCAGCCGCCUGCUCGACGACUUGCAGCACAUUGUUGGGAAGGGACUUGUUCCUGUCGCCCUCGACCCUCGGCGAGGCCAACGGGAGCGUGUGCCCAUAGACUACAGCACCAGCAGGGACCUAAAACUAAUAUACAUGCCAAAUUGUCGCUAGAUAAAAGGUGCAACAUGCAUCCUUCGCUGUGAGAAACUGUAUACAACAUAGAGAAGAAUGGAAAGGAGAAAGGAAGACUUUGAGAUCUACUUUAGGAAGACACUAGUUUUCAACGAACUCAAAACAAAUUCAGGAAAAAAAUUUAAAGAAAAGUCACGAGUUAAUAAAAAUGUUGCGU